AUGGCUCCUCCAACGUUUGCCGGCCUCUCGGGCCGGCCUCUGUCAAUGUGCGUCUCGACCAUUGCGACGACUGCAUUCCUUCUCUUCGGCUAUGACCAGGGCGUCAUGAGCGGCAUCAUCUCCUCUCCCGUCUUCAACGACUACUUCCCCGAGACAAGAGAUGCCACCAUGCAGGGCCUGGUGACGGCCAUCUACGAGAUCGGCUGCCUGAUCGGUGCCGUCUUCAUCCUCGCCAUGGGAGACUUGCUCGGCCGCAGGCGCGCCAUCAUCAUCGGCGGCAUCAUCAUGAUCCUUGGCACCAUCAUCCAGGUCACCCCCAUGAAGGGCCACGGGCAGCUGGCGCAGUUCAUCAUCGGGCGCAUCGUCACCGGCGUCGGCAACGGCAUCAACACGUCCACCGUCCCGACGUACCAGGCCGAGUGCAGCAAGACGUCCAACCGCGGCCUCCUCAUCUGCAUCGAGGGCGGCAUCAUCGCCUUUGGCUCGCUGAUUGCGUACUGGAUCGACUACGGUGCGUCCUACGGGCCCGAUGACCUCGUCUGGCGCUUCCCCAUUGCCUUCCAGAUCAUCUUCGCCCUCAUCUUCAGCACCGUCAUGAUCUGGCUGCCCGACAGCCCGCGCUGGCUCCUCACCCACGAGCGGUACGAGGAGGCCGAGCGGACCAUUGCCGCCCUCCGUGGAUAUGAAAUCGACAGCGAGGAGACAAAGGCCGAGCGGGACAUGAUCCUCGACUCCAUCCGCGCCUCUGGCUUCGCCGGCCAGAAGAGCACCCCCGUCAAGGCCCUCUUCACCAACGGCAAGACGCAGCACUUCCGCCGCAUGCUGCUCGGCGCCUCGUCCCAGUUCAUGCAGCAGGUCGGCGGCUGCAACGCCGUCAUCUACUACUUCCCCAUCCUCUUCCAGAACUCCAUCGGCGAGACUCACAACAUGGCCAUGCUGCUGGGCGGCGUCAACAUGAUUGUCUACUCCGCCUUUGCCACCGUCUCGUGGUUCAUCAUCGAGCGUGUCGGACGCCGCAAGCUCUUCCUCUGGGGCACGGCCGGCCAGAUGCUCUCCAUGGUGCUGACCUUUGCCUGCCUGAUCCCGGGCACCCCCAGCGCCGCAAAGGGCGCCGCCGUCGGCCUCUUCACCUACAUCGCCUCCUUUGGAGCGACCUGGCUGCCGCUCCCUUGGCUCUACCCUGCCGAGAUCAGCCCCAUCAAGACUCGCGCAAAGGCCAACGCCGUCUCGACGUGCACCAACUGGCUCUUCAACUUCUUCAUCGUCAUGAUCACGCCCAUCAUGAUUGACCGCAUUGGCUGGGGAACCUACCUGUUCUUUGCCGUCGUCAACGGAUGCUUCUUCCCCGUCUUGUACUUCUUCUACCCCGAGACUGCCAACCGAUCUCUGGAAGAGAUUGACAUCAUCUUCGCCAAGGGCAACGCCGAGAACAUGUCGUACGUCAAGGCCGCCAAGGAGCUGCCUUAUCUGUCUCGACAGGAGGUGGAAGCGUAUGCCAUCCGAUAUGGAUUGGUCGAUGCCGGAAGCGACGGUGUCGCUGGCAGGGAGGUGGAUGUGUCGAGCGAGAAGGGAAGCUCGAGCGAAAAGGAGAGCAGUCGUGAGACUGAGAACCUCAAGAUGUGA